AUGUGCUUUGGGUCCCUGCGUGAGGAUGUUGAGCAUGAAUUAAAACAUCCAACCCAGCCAGUUCCCAACGUACCUCCUCCGGUCCCCCAUGCUACCAAGCCAGCACCGCUCCCAACACGCUCUCCACACGGUCCACAUAAAAUCACGGAAACCGCUAUUGAUGUCUUCCUCUAUUCUCAACAGGAGAACGGCGAAAUGGGCGGAAUAGGCUAUUGGCAAACGGCCAACGCCUACCAUGCUAUCGUCCUUCAUGAAACGUAUGCCGGCCAGCGAGUUCUCUUCAACAGGAUCCUACCAGCCAUGGACAAGAUUGCGUCACGCGUCCCGCACUUCAUCAACGAGUUCAACGACGAUACCCUCUGGUGGGCACAUUGUCUAUUGGCAAUCCACCCUUUCGUGAUCGGCACGCCCCGCCAGCGAUGGGUCAACGAGAACCUGCACGCUAUAUGGAAUCAUGUCUCGCGAUACCAGCUACCGCCUGCUAGAUUCCUCUUACCCGGAAUGGAGAAACCCGAUAUGGGCGGUGCGGUCAUGUGGACCAGCAGGCGUGACGAAGAGCAGGUGAAUAGUAUCACGACCGGGCUGUUUGCAGCUUUGUCUGCGAGACUCGCGGUGCUUUUCUAUUCUGGCACUGCCCUUCCGUCUGGUUCUGAGCAGCAGAAGACUGCACAUCGGUACAUUGCCGCAGCGGAGGCAGGCCUUGGCUGGAUCCUGCGUGAAUGCUAUCGCGAGAGAGACAAGGUGGUGCUUGACGGAGUCAUGUUACGGUCAGGGAAACGUAACAAUUGGACGUUUACCUAUACCACUGCUGUCACCAUUUCCUCCAUGGUCGCCCUGGCAACAUCAUAUUUGGCGAUUCCGAGUUACCACAAAGAGGCUUAUGCUGAAUCUAAAAUUUCGAGAGCGUGUGACCUCGCACAAGCGUCGAUGCGCCGGGAGCAAUGGGUUGAACCGAGUACAGGCAUUCUCACAGAAAAAGGAGCGUAUGGCAGAGGCUCACAUGAUCCAUGGCAGAACAAUGACAGCGUCGCGUUCAAAAGCGUGUUGAUCAGAGCGCUUUGCGAGUUGCGGCAAACGCUCACGCGAGAUUAUGACUUCGGCCGUUUUCGCGACGUCAGACAGGAGAUCGAUCGGUUUGUAGAGACGCAGUUCAAGGCUUUACAAGAAAGGAAUACGAACGGAAGGGGUCAGUAUGGACCGUGGUGGGAUGGGCCAUUUGAAGCGCCUACGGGGCACAGCCAGCUGGCGAUUUUGGACGUAAUGGCCGGUGCUCAUUGCGUUGGCUGUAGGUAG